UUUUGGAGAGUCUUUUGGGAAAAGGGCUACCCAAAAAACAAACAUGAUAUUACAAACGCACUACAAUAGGUGGCGGCAUAUACCAGUUUAGUUAGUAGUAGCUCAAACAGUCCUAACUCAGAGAAGAAGUGAACUGACCUGAACUCAAGAGUUGGACUUGCACACAGAGUUGUAUGCAAAGUUGCAGUCAUGGGAAUGCAAACCCAGGCACUUGUGUCUGCGAGAUGGCUUGCAAAUAUGGUCAAAACCAAUCUGGUCGGGCCAAGUCUGCGCAUUUUGGACACGUCCUGGUACCUUCCCAUGAUGAACCGAGACGGAAAGAAGGAGUUUGCUCAAACCCACAUUCCAGGAGCGUCCCAUUUUGACAUUGAUGAUUGCUCAGACAGGACGUCGAAGUAUGAUCACACGCUGCCCAGUGAGGAGUUCUUUGCUGAAUACGUGGGCAACCUUGGGAUCAGUAAUAACAGCCACGUUGUUGUGUACGAUGCCAGUGACUUUGGUGCGUUUUCGUGCACCAGGGUCUGGUGGAUGUUCCGCUUGUAUGGCCAUUAUCAAGUGUCGGUUCUGAACGGCGGCUUCAGGAACUGGGUCAAAGAGGGACACCCCGUGACAGACCAGUAUAUCAAGCCACAACCAGUCAAGUUCAGCGCCAAAAUAAACCGUGAAUGGGUCAAAACUUUUGAGGACAUGACAGAGAAUAUAACAACGCAGCGAUACCAAGUGGUAGAUGUGAGACCUUAUGAAAGAUUUCUUGGAAAGGAGCCCGAGCCACGAGAAGGUGUGGACCCAGGCCACAUCCCGGGGUCAAAGUGCAUGCCCUUCUAUGACUUUCUGGAUGAAAAUGGCAUGAUGCUUACUCCAGAGGAACUGAAGAGGUUUUUCCAAAAGACCCAGGUGGAUCUGAAGAAGCCCUUGUGUGGCACCUGUGGGUCUGGGGUGACGUCGUGCCACAUGGUGCUGGCGGCUCACAUCUGCGGUGCCCCGGGUGCGACUGUGUAUGAUGGCUCCUGGUAUGAGUUUUUCACUAAAGCUCCCAAAGAACACAUCGCCACCGGCAUUUCAAGCAAGCUCGGAGGUUAGAGUACAACAUUUCAGUCAUAUUUGAUAUUUUAUCAAAGGCACAUUAGAUGCAAAAUAAGUAUUGUAAUAAGUAUACCACACCAGUAUAACAGGAACUGCAAGUUACAAAUGACAAUUUGUCACAAGAAAUAUAUACACAUCUACUACCUACCUAAUCAAACUAUUAACUGUUCAGUAGCCUACUUUUUGUUACCUGCCAGGACCAGAACUGUCCAUGGUAUGACACCAGAUAGUUACAGCUGUAUCAUGGGAUCUGUGCCAAAAAUCAUCAUUGUCAUCAGUCUCUAGUAAUUGUCACUUCUCCUUUAGUGAAGCAGCAGAAUAUCUGUUAUGUUCUUUGGAUUCUGAGGAUAGACAUCUUGAAACUGAGACUGGUGCUUUAAUAAUUGUGGAAACAGCCUACCGUUACUAUAUUAUUGAUGAAACUAUUAAACAAACCUUUUUUUUUUGUUGUUGUUGUUGUUGUAAGAUUUAAGAAUAAAUGUGAUUUGAAAGCA